AUGUCGCCCAGUCCUCCGAUCAUUGGCACUAUCUUUGGCACAACUCUGCUAUGCAUCAUUAUGCAUCUGUACAAUAGUCCGCCAUCAGCUGGAGAGGCGACGAGAGGAUAUCUGCAUGGUGGAUUAGCUAUGGACUUCAUUGGUCAGAAAGGGCCGAGCAGCAAGGUCCAUCUUAUACUGCUGGAUCUACUCGUGCUCUUGGUGCAACUUGUGCAAAUGUCAGCACAUCUAUUACGAGCAAGUAUCACUUCAGACGAAAAUGGUGGAAGGGCGAAGAGCAGGGCGUGGGCAGGAGCCAUCCAAUCGGGCGCCAACAUCACAGAAGUUCAAGGCACUAUCAGAGUCCCACUCAUGAGAUGCGAGGGUGGCGCUCAAGAGUGCUCCGGCUUCGCCUGGGUCGGUAUCGAUGGAGAGAACUGCCCGGAGGGUUCACUUCUGCAGACCGGCAUCGCCUGGUUUGGUCAAAAUGGAAAUGUCAGCUACAAAGCUGCUUUCGAAUGGCUUCCAAGUCCGGCGAAGUACUUUGAUAUCGCGUUGAACCCUCAAGAUUUCGUCACUGUGAAAGUCACUGCUCACAACGCUACGUCCGGUACUGCCUAUAUCAGCAAUUUGUCUACCGGAAAGAGCGCGUCGCACAACUUCUCUGGUGAACUACUACUCUGCCAAAACACUGCUGAGUGGAUCCUGGAAGAUUUCACUGUCAAGUCUGCAGACGGCACACCUGAGCUGGACAAUUUCGCCAGAUUCAAUGAUAUUGCUUUCAGCAAUGCUAGCUAUGUCCAUUAUGGUGGUAUUUCCGGAGACUUUCAGGGAGCUACGAUGGUGGAUAUGGUGCAAGGAAUGCAGGGAGAGACGCUCCUCGUUGGCUGUGAGAUCAUGGGGCCGGAUGCUGUUCAUUGUCAGUAUGCGCCUGGGGUUCAGGCAUAG